AUGUAUACUAAAAGCCAACUAUCACCGUCUAAAUUAUCACAUCGAUGGAUCCAAGAGAACAACGAAUUAGUCAACAAAUGGAAGAAUAGAAAUGUUUCAAGCCAAGACCAGAACCACACCAUGCUGUUUUUGUUGCCGGAGUUCCAUAAACUUUUAAGAAAAAUACAAGGUCUACCUCCAAUUGAAGAUCAUGCUCACCUGGAAGUGUGUGUGGUGUACAAUGUUUGUUUGCUCUCCAUCGCUCUGUCUCACAUGUCUGAGGUUGAACAGCUUCUUACACAAACUAUUGAAAGAGUUUUACAGAUUACCGGAGUUGAACCAAUGGCCGCCUCCCCACCAGAGUUUUGGCGUACUGUUCUAACAUCAGUGGAAAACAAUGCGAUUACUUCCUUUCUUCAGACUCUUCUGUGUGUUCAAUGGGCUAUCUGGUUGGUUAACAGUGCACUUGAAACCAUGGAAGCACUAAAGGAAGAGUUAUCCUCUGUAUCUUUGGAGAUGCAACACAUGACGAGUGAAGAAAUGCGAAUGUCUUCAAACAUUCCGCUUUUGGUGAUGGAACCAAGAAACCUUCUUGAAUUGUUGAAAAUUUGCACACUCAUCACCCAAGGUGCAGAGAUGCUGAAGGAAGGUCGAAGCGCAGAAGCACUAACUGUUCUGCAGCCUGCUUCUUCUCUGCCUGCUCCCAGAUCUCUUGUGGCAUACACGCACUUGCUGACAGGAUCCUGCCUAGCACACACGGGCCGUCCUCAGAUGGCACUGCUGUGUUUCAGGAAAGCGGUGGAGACUGAUUUCCAAUGCGUAUGUGCUCAAUAUCAGAGUGUACUAAUCUUCAGGAGCCUGGGCAACACGCAUGCAGAGAUAGAAAUGCUUCGUUUGUUGCACUCGACGCUGAUGUUACCCUCCACCAACGAACCUGUGACAAUCAGCGAUCAGCUCCUCCCUCUCUCUGUACUUCUCCAAAGUCAAGCCCUGCAAAGCCUGCUCUCUGUACCUGCUGCCCUCAGUGUACUUCACAGUUUGGCCCAGAAAUGCGUUCUGCUUUCCAGGGUGUCUGAAGGUGUGGAACAUUAUCUGGACCUGUUGGCUGCUAUUCAUUAUGACGAUAACGGAGUAUGUUCCCAGGACUCUCACCUCCCCCGUUUACCUGAACUUCACCUGGAGGCUGGCACGUCCUUGCUCAUGGCCGAGCGGCCUGUUGACUGCAUAACCUUGUGUGACGAAGUCAUCACCACGACGGCAGAGCUGCUGCCAGAGCAUGUGGUGCUGGAAGAGCCAGGGGAAGAAGUUGAGGCACAAACUAAAUCCACUGAGGGCGAACAGGAUCAUGCGGCGAUACUGUUUUGGACUAGCGCGGCGCACCUCCUUCAGGGUCACUGCUACUGUCACCUGCAGAACUGGAAGCAAGCUGUGGUUCACUACACUGAAUGUAUCAACCUGCUAGUGAAGGUGCAAUUCAAAGAGAAAGGUGGCCAACCUCAAGUCCCCACUUCAGACAUGGUUAAUGAGAAAAGGAAAGAUCUUCAGAUCCUACAGCGAAUGAAGGGGCUCUCAUUUGCCGGGAGGGGCAUCGCUUUCGCCCAGAUGGACCAUCUUCGACAGUCACUGAGAGACCUUCAGCUAAGCUUGCAGGCUUAUCCAGAGUGUGUGGGUGCAGGGCUGUGGUGUGGAGAGGUGCUGUGGAGGCUCGAUAGGAAACAAGAGGCGGCUGUCAUUUGGGAGAAAACCUGGAACAUGAGCACCGACUUAGCAAAGAACACUCCUCUAUAUUUGUGGGAACCCCAAUUUGGAUCCGUGCUGGACUCUGCAGAACUUCGGCUCAGAAUACGUGACCUUGAUCCCAACUAG